AUGAAAAACAGGGUCUAUUUGUUUUUAGACGAUAAACUAUUUAAAUUAAAAGAGUUAUAUUUUUGUGUGAUUUGCUCGAAAAUAAAAAAUGAAUAUAAUAUAAGGAAAGAAGUGGAAUACUAUGUUUGCAAUGGAUGCACACAAAUAUACACAAAAAAUGAGGCAAUAGUUUAUUCUUAUAAGUGUGUGCGAUGUUUUAAAUGCCCAUUCUGUUUUAGCUGCUUAACAAUUUCUCAAAGUAAAUAUGAUCGUCCUAUCUCGAGUUUUUGUACACUUGGCACCAAAACAACAAAUAAGGAAAAAAUUAAUGAAACAAAAAGCAACACACAUAUAUAUAAUAAUGAAAUAAGUAAUGGAAUAAAUGAUGAGUAUAUUGAAAAACAUAUAAAUAAUUCAACUAGAGAAGAAGAUAUAAAUUUUAUUAAAAAUUCAAAUGAUAUAAAAAAUUUAUAUUCACCUCAGGAUAGGAUGCUCAGAAGUAUGGAUAAAAUAAGUGAAAAAAACAAUUUUGAAAAAGGUCAUACAUCAGAUAACGAAAAUGAAGAACAAAUUAAGAAUAUUUUAACCAUGACAAACAAAAUGGAUAGUAAAAAUUAUGAUAUUUUAAAAAAUGGAGAACUUUUUUUUUAUUUUAAAUGCCCCUACUGUUUAUGGACAUCAAUUAAUACAAUAUUUAAUAAAAAACUCGAUGAAUUAAUCGGCGACAUGAUAUUACUAGAAAAUAAUUGUAUUUUUAGAUGUUUUUUUAAAAAUGUGUUAAAUGAAUUAAUAAAAUGUAAUGAAAAAUUAAAAGAAAAAAAAAAUAUAAAAAGAGCACACCUAAAUACACAUAUAUAUAUAGUAGACAAUAUUCAUGAUAAUGAAAAUUGUUACAUUAAAUCGCAUGAGCUAGAGAAUGAUAAUGAUAUUAAUGGAAUCGUUGGACGAAGAAAAAACAAAGAAGAAAAAAAAAACUCGUCCUUAAUAUAUAAAUCACAAAUAACAAUAAACAAAAUGAGCUUGAAAGAUAUAUUAAAUGGUGAACAUAUUAAAAAUCCUGAAAACUUCUUUGGGAUUUUUGAAUUAGAAAAUGAAAAUUUGAAAUAUCUAGACCCUGUUAUAUUUCCAAACCAAAAGGUCUUGUUUGAUGCCAAAGAGGAAAUAACUAAAACGGAAAAAGAAUCAGUUCGUAUAUGCACCGGAAUAGAGAAAGAUAUUAUAAAUGAUGAAAUAGAAGUAAAAAAUGCAGAAGUUGACAAACGUGAUUUAAAUGAUCAAAUAAGCAAUUCUAAAAAUAAAGAAAUGAACAAUAUAGUUAUUGUUGAUUCAAAAAAAUAUCUAUCAAUAGAGCAUACAUUUAAUUACCCAUAUAAUUUUUAUAAAGAUAUUAAUGAAUUAAAACCAUUAAGAGCAAAUUUGUUAAGUAAGACAUCAAAAAGAUGUGCUGGUUGUAAACAAUAUUUAUUAAAACUUCAUAAUUCAAAUUUAACUUCAGGUGUUAGAUUAAAUAAUUGUGCAAUAUAUUUUUUACCUAGGAUUUAUAUAAACGAUUUUAAUAUUAUAAAAAAAAAAAAUGGAAUUUUAAAUUUUAUUUUAAUAAAUCCUUUAGAUGUUGAAAUGAAUAUAAAGAUAGUACCCGAUAUAGACCACAAUUUUUCUAAGCAUUUGAAUACAAACAAAAUCCCGAUAAAUUGUAAAUCAAAAGCUAGUUCGUUUGAAUUUGUAAUGGAUGGUUAUGAUGAAAUUAUAGAUGAACUAUUAAAUGAACAAUCAAGUAGUAUUAAAGAAGUAUUAAAAAGUAAGCAUAUUGUUAUUAAAAAACAAAAUAAUAUGGCCUUAAUAAUUAUUAGUUUUAUAUAUAUUGGAAAGGAUAAUUUGACUAUAUCUACAGAACCCUCAAAUAAAUCUGAAGACAUAUCUGAUUGUUUGGGUAAUGAAACUAUUAAUACCAGUGAUAAUAAAGAAAAAUUAAAUUUGCCAUUAAAUUUAGAAUGCUCAUUUUUUGAUAAGUCGAAAAAAGCACACAAAGUAAAAUUGAAUCUUAUAUUCACAAAUAAUAUUAGCACUAAUAUAUUUCGUCAUUAUUCUCUUAAUGAUGCAUAA